UAUUGAUGCGGGGGCCCGGCCGCGCUCGCCAAGGAGCAGAAGGAAGCAAGAUGGCGGCGCUGUAGGAGCGGGGAGCGCGGAGCGCGGCGCCUGGGCUGUGCGUGCUGGAUGUCGGCGAGGCUGAGGGACGCGGCAGAGAUACGUUCAGAGGGUAGCCUUGUGGAUGGCCCCGGAGCAGGCCAGAUGGAACAGGACAGAACCAACCAUGUUGACGGCAAUAGAUUGAGUCCAUUUCUAAUACCACAGUCUUCUCAUAUUUGCCAGGCAGAGCCUUCUGCAGUGAAGCUACAGAAUGGGAGUCCAGCAGUAGAGAGGCCUGAAGUGGAAGUAAAUGGCGACCACAAGCCGCUAUUCAAUAAAAGCAACUUUGGAGUGCCCCACCCAAAGGAAAAUCCAAACAAUUGUGUUAGCCCCAACCUUUUACAAGAAAAUAAAGUAUAUUCCAAAUAUAUGCAAAAUGGUGGGAUCAAACGCACUUUUAGCGAGCCCUCUCUGUAUGGAUUUCAUGAGAGCAAGAAAGUGAAACAAGGCAAAGAGGUAAAUGGAGAAAAAGCUGAGCCAGAGAACAGUAUUGAAAAACCAAGCAUCUCCAAUUGUUACAAUGAGAAGAAAUCUGAGAGUUUUACAAGACAAGAAAACAAAGCUUCAGAUUUGAUACCGUCUACAAGAUACAACAGUGUUGGUUCAGAAAACCCUCAUGACCUUCAGGAUGAGCAGGAGCAGGAAACUAUUCAUUGCCAUAACAGGGACAUUGUCUUACUACUUAAGAACAAGGCAGUGCCAAUGCCUAAUGGUGCUACAGUUUCUGCCUCUUCCAUGGAAAGCAUGCAUGGUGAACUCCUGGAGAAAACACUGUCUCAGUAUUAUCCAGAACGAGUUUCCAUAGCAAUGCAGAACACAUCUCAUAUUAAUGCCAUUGCCAGUCAGGCUACUAAUGAGUUGUCCUAUGAGACAACACAUUCAUCCCAUACCUCAGGGCAGAUCACUUCUCCACAGACCUCAAACUCUGAGCUGCCUCAAGUGCCAGCUGUAGUGGUUACUGAGGUCUACAACACAAAAGACUCCAGUAAACUACCUGUAUUGCCAGGUAGCUGUUCACUUCAGAAACCAGAUCUACAGCUACAGCAACAGAUUUCAGGCUAUGAUCCUCACCAGUUACCUGUAGGAAACAGUAAUAUUCAUGGAAGCAUAGGGCAGGUUCCUAACCACGACCUCUCUCUAAGUUCUGGCAGUAACCUGCAAGCUCAGAGCACUGCUCUGGAAAGGUACUCUGAGCAAGCAGAAAAUAAUGGUGCUUUCUUUACACAGAACUCAACGUUUCACAAAGAUUCCUCCACUGCUCCUGCUCCAGAAAUUAACAGUGCACUGUCUGCCGCUGUGCAAGAAGGACACCAUUCCUAUGACAACAGAUGUGAUGAAACUCUUCCUGGGGAGAUAAAAAAUGAAGGGCAACAGGAGGGACCAAUGUCAGAAAGUCCCAGCCUCAGCCAACAACUUCACCCUCAGCAGAGCCUUCUGCAACAGGCACAAACAUCACAACAAGAUAUCAAUGAAAGCAACCCACAACCUGCUCUGGCCGCCUCGAUUCCGCAGCGCCCCAAAGAUGUGACGCUGGCGUCAGAAUCUCCCCUCCAAAACCUGCACGCACACAGAAGCGAGGGUGAGUUGCAACAACACUAUCAGCAUUUCUCAAGACAGAGAGAACCUGAGACUCCUCCCGACAAAGAAAAGGACCAAGUGAAAGAGCCUGUACAACAGGCUCAACAUUAUUCAAAACCUGCCUGGAUAGAACUGGUUUCCACCCAGUUCCGCCAGGGAGAGCCUCCCCAGAAGCCCAGUGAAGCAUUAUUGCGGUCAAUUCUUCAGUACCAGACAAGCACAGCCCAAACAGUCUAUACAAAACAGUAUGCUGGAAGUCCUGAUUCAUUAAAGGGGCCUUCAGGACAGGCCCAGAGCCAGAAGAUAAUGCAACAGGAACAAUUUCCUCCACUGUACAAAAGUGAGAGUUCCCAGCUGCAGCCGCAUCCCCCAGCUGACCAGCAGCUGUCGUUCCAGAGACACUCACCACACCCACAGCUUACAAAGGUGGAUUCCCUUCUCAAGUCCCAAGUGCAGCAACACCCUCCACAGCAGCUCCAUUUCCAGCCAAGAUCAGAACAACAUGCUGAACAGCCUUUAGGGGCCCCUUUGAAAAAGCAGCACUUGAAUCCCCAGCCAGGGGAAAAUGGGCAAUUCUUGCAUUCACACAUCUUGCAACAGAUGCUGCAAAAACAGACACAUCCAGUGCAACUGCCAUGCAGUCCACAGCUAACUCCAAACCAGCAGCAGGCUUCACAAAUGAAAACUAAAGACUUGUCCCAAACUGUAUCCCACUCCCAAAGCAAUGCUGAGCAGCCUCUAGACAGGACAUCCUUCAGUCAACUUCAAGUAGAUGAAUGUUUCCAAACUGGGAGUAAGUAUGCUAAAUCAGUUGCAUUCCCACUGCCUAACCCUCAGCUAGGCCUAGAGCAGGUGCAAACCAUGAACAACAAAGCUCCCCUUUACACUCAGAAGGCAAAUGCCAGUAUCCAGCACCCUUGCCCAAACAACAGGCAUCUGAUUUCCAAAAAGAAAGGGAAUGCCGCAAAUACGGAACACUUUGGAGCCAACAAAAUGCAGAACUUGCAGCACGCGCAGUAUUUUUCAAAUAACUUGACCGCAAAGCAAGAUGUGAAUCAUUGUUUUCAAGAACAAGAGCAACAGACACAACAAGCCUCAGUUCUGCAGUUGCCACCCCUCCAGCCCGCACAGGGCUAUGGUGCUAGUCUGAACCAAGACCUCCCAAGCAAACAAGCUCCACAGAUUCCUCAGCAGUACUUACCACACGGCCAAACUGCCCCCCAUGCCCAAGACCAGAGAGGCUGUCAUUUGCAGUCCCAGACCCCUAAGGAUUUUCAAAAGCAUGCUGCUCUGCGGUGGCACCUUUUGCAAAAACAGGAGCAACAAGCAUACCAGCAACCCAAAACUGAGAUUGGUCCCAGUGCAGCACGCAAGCCUAUAAAAAUUGAGGCUGGCACAAAGUCUAAUGUCUGCAUGCGCCCAUCAGCUGGACAGCUGGAAAACAAAAUGUGGAAAAAAACAAUUAAACAAGAGAAUCAGCGCUUUGGCUGCGAGAACGUGCAACAAAAGAGCAUCAUUGAGACAAUGGAACAGCAGCUAAAACAGAUACAGGUCAAAUCACUGUUUGAUCACAAGACUUUUACUCUCAAAUCACCCAAACAUGUGAAGGUUGAAACAGCAGGCCCUAUUACCAUCCUAUCACGAAAUACCAGUGCUGCAGAUUUUGACACUCAAACCCCAAUCUUAGAUCAGCAAACAAACUUGUCUUCUGAGAAAACCCCGACCAAAAGAACAGCUGGAACUGUUCUCAAUAAUUUUUUAGACUCACCUUCCAAGUUAUUGGAUACUCCUGUAAAAAAUUUAUUGGAUACACCUGCCAAAACCCAAUAUGAUUUCCCAUCUUGCAGCUGUGUUGAGCAAAUUAUUGAAAAAGAUGAAGGUCCCUUCUAUACCCAUCUAGGAGCCGGUCCUAAUGUGGCAGCUAUUAGAGAAAUCAUGGAAGAAAGAUUUGGACAGAAGGGUAAAGCUAUAAGAAUUGAGAGGGUUGUCUACACUGGGAAGGAAGGCAAAAGUUCUCAAGGAUGUCCAAUUGCUAAAUGGGUAGUCCGCAGAAGCAGUCAGGAGGAGAAGCUCCUCUGCUUGGUGCGUGAGCGAGCUGGACACACGUGUGAGACGGCUGUCAUCGUGAUUCUCAUCCUGGUCUGGGAGGGAAUCCCAACCAGCCUGGCUGAUAAGCUCUACUCUGAACUCACCGACACCCUGAGGAAGUACGGCACGCUCACGAACCGGCGCUGCGCCCUGAACGAAGAACGGACUUGUGCAUGCCAAGGGCUGGACCCUGAAACUUGCGGUGCUUCAUUUUCCUUUGGUUGCUCCUGGAGCAUGUACUACAAUGGUUGUAAGUUUGCCAGAAGCAAGAUUCCAAGAAAGUUUAAGCUGAUGGGGGAUGACCCAAAAGAGGAAGAAAAAUUAGAAUCCAAUUUGCAGAAUCUGUCAACCCUGAUGGCACCAACCUACAAGAAGCUUGCACCUGAUGCAUAUAAUAACCAGAUCGAGUACGAACACAGAGCCCCCGAGUGCCGCUUGGGUUUGAAGGAAGGUCGCCCAUUCUCAGGAGUCACCGCCUGCCUUGACUUCUGUGCUCAUGCUCACAGAGACUUGCACAAUAUGCAAAAUGGGAGUACUCUGGUUUGCACACUGACUAGAGAAGACAAUCGUGAAAUUGGCCAAACACCAGAAGAUGAGCAGCUCCACGUGCUCCCAUUAUACAAAGUCUCUGAUGUGGAUGAGUUUGGAAGCACUGAGGGCCAGGAGGAGAAGAAGAGGAAUGGCAGUAUCCAGGUCCUUACCUCCUUUCGACGAAAAGUAAGGAUGUUAGCAGAGCCCGUUAAGACCUGUCGGCAAAGGAAGCUAGAAGCAAAGAAGGCAGCUGCAGAAAAGCUUUCCUCUUUGGAGAAUGGGUCUAGCAAAGCUGAGAGAGAGAAGUCUGCUGCAGCACGCAACAAGCAAGGCACCUCUGAAGCAGCAGGUCAUGCAAAGCAGCUGGCAGAUCUUUUACGUCUUUCAGGACCAGCCACACAACAACAGCAGCAGCAGCAACAUCCACAACGCUCUCUCCCUAACAACCCUCAGUCAAACCCCAUUAACUCUUACUCGGGUUCAGGUUCUGCAAAUCUCUAUGGAAGGUUGCCUAAUCCAGCCAAUGCUUAUCCAAACUCUUCGUACACUUCAGAUCCAUAUGGAGGGUCCAAUCCCAUGAACCUCUAUACAACCUCAUCACAAUCUGCGGGGUCUUAUUUGAAUUCUUCCAGUCCCAUGAACCCUUAUUCAGGAUCUUUAAGUCAAAAUAACCAAUAUCCCCCUUAUCAAUGCAAUGGAAAUAUAGCUAUGGACAACUGCCCCUCUUACUUGGGCUCCUACUCUUCCCAGCAUCAGCACAUGGACUUGUAUAGUUGCCAGAGCCAAGACCAUAUGUCUAAACUAAGUCUACCACCCAUUCAAACAUUAUACCAGCAUAGGUUUGGGAAUAACCAGAGUUUUGGUCCCAAGUACUUGAAUUACGGAAACCAAAAUAUGCAGAUAGACUCCUUCAGUAAUUGCACCAUUAGACCAAAUUUACACCAUGCAGGGUCAUUUUCCUCUUACUCGACCCAUGAGGCCAAUGGCCAUUUUAUGGAGAUUGCCUCAAGGUUAAAAUCUAAUCUGAGUAAUCCAAGCAUGGAUUAUACCUCCAUGAGUAAAACAGGUGAACAUCAUCACAUGCAACCCCCUCCACACUUAUCACAUGACUACCAUUCUGCUCCAAGUUUGUUUAGUGGUCCUCCUAAUUCACUGCAUCUCCAAAAUAAGGAUAAUGAAAUUAUUUCACAUGCAGUUAAUGGUUUGUCUAACAUGCUUCCAGGUCAAAACCCUGACAGGACUACUCCCCAGGGUGGUUUAGAUAAAACUGACGUGCUGAAUCCAGAAAAAGCAGAGGAUCCCGAUGAAGUCUGGUCAGAUAGUGAGCAAAACUUUCUGGAUCCAGAAAUUGGAGGAGUGGCAGUUGCUCCAUCUCAUGGGUCAAUUCUCAUAGAGUGUGCAAAACGCGAGCUCCACGCAACGACUCCCUUAAAAAAUCCCAACAGGAACCAUCCCACCAGAAUAUCCCUUGUAUUUUACCAGCACAAAAGCAUGAAUGAGCCAAAACAUGGUUUGGCUCUGUGGGAGGCAAAGAUGGCUGAGAAGGCAAGAGAGAAAGAAGAGGAAUGCGAGAAGUACGGCCCAGACUACGUGCCUCAGAAAUCCUACGGCAAAAAAGCCAAGCGGGAGCCUGUGGAGCCCCAUGAGCCCUCUGAGCCAACAUACCUGCGCUUCAUCAAGUCCCUGCCACAAAGGACACUGUCAGUCACCACAGACUCCACCGUAACUACAUCUCCAUAUGCCUUUACACGGGUUACAGGGCCUUACAACCGGUAUAUCUGACUUCACACCUUGGCUGGUUACCUCAUCUGAAAAAACACCUUGUCACUAGGGACUAGGGCAGUAGUGCUUUAGGUUUCGUGGAAGGUAAGGGUGGAGAAUAAAACAGUGUUUUUACGGAACUCAUUGGUGGAAAACACCUCAGCACACCAGCAAAAAGAGGUAUAUCUCACUAGAGCACUUGUUUUCCACUGAUUUUUAAGUGGUCAUAGAUGGCACGUAGGAAACAAAACCAAAGCAUCCUAUGCAAAAAAAAAAAAAAAAAAAAGAAAAAAAAAAGAAAAAAAAAAUUUUUAAAAAAAGACAGAAGAAGAAAAUGAAAGAAAAAAGACAUAACACAACAAAAAAGUGUUUCACAAUUUACAUUGGAAAACACUGGCUCUAUUUCUGAAAGAGAUAAUCUGCAAAUGGAAUUUUUUUUCUUACAGUUUUGCACAUCUGUGGCCACUUUUAAUGUCAUCAAGUUUGCAUAGUCAUGGAGCAGGAGCAAAAAAAACCCCUAAAAAAAUAAUACUGUAGUAUUACAACUGCAGGAAUCUUAAAAUAACAUCUGGUGCUGAAUCUAUGAUGUACUGAAAUACUGGAAUUAUGGCUUUUUAACAUGCAGUUUUUACUGUAAUCUUAAUAGUCUUUUGAUUUUAUUUAACUAAGUAGAUAAGUAUAAAACAAAUAGACAGCAAAACACUGAAUUUGUUUGAAUAUUCUAAAACCAUGGUGCUAUCUAAGAGAAUGGUGUCUUUAUUUUAUCAGUCAAACAGUUAAUGCCUUUAUAACAAAAUGUCAAAGAUGUUGUCAAACGUUCUUCUGCAACAAGGAGGACCUUUUCAGUCAUGUAUGUAUUGAAGUUACCUGGUGUUAAAAUAAGCUUACUUUUUAACAUAUGGGAAUUACGAAGACCUCUGGAUUUUGCGCAUCCAGUCAAGUCCUAGAAAAGGACAAUAAAAUAGAGAGAGAGAUAUUUUUUUUUAAAUAGUGUUUCAAAAGCACUUUGUCUACCUAAGCUUGGCAACUUGAACAAUGCUAAGGUACUAAGACAUUAAAAAAAAAAGAGUUUACUUUGAUUUUAAAAUGCAAAGAUAAUUUUUUUAAACUAAAAAAGCUUUUAAGUACUUUUGGUUUAGCCAUGCAUCAGCUAGUGGGCUACAUAUCCAUUUUUAAUAGUCAGUUAUGGUAAAAAUGGGGCUUACUGGAUAUAAGGGAAUACUUUGUACACAAAACACAUUUUUUCUGGUGCUCAUCUCACACAGCUAUACUGUAAACUGUUUUCUACAAUUAUGACAAGUUCAUUGCUCAAAUAUGUACAGUUUUAAGGAAAGAAUUUUAUAUUAACCACAAGUAAUAAUUAGCAGCAUGCAACAAACUACACCUAGUUAGCCUGGGCUUCUGCUGUUUCUAGAGAUCUGUGCGCUCCCACUAUGGAAUGGCAGAACUGCUUUUGUGUUGAUAAUUACGUACAUUGUGGUGCAAGUCAUUUCCCGGUGCAAGUGGCCUCUUUUCCAGGAAGACUGAGCAGACCGAUGCCUACACAAGAUGAAUGAAACAGGGUUAGUUCUGUGCGAUUCCGUUGAUUAAUAGAAAAAAAAAUAGGCAGCUGGCUUGCUGUGGUGGUUUUAAAUCAUUAAUUUCUAUUAAAAAAAAAGCAGGAGAGUUGUAUAGUAAAUUAAAUUGUAAACAAACCCUUUUUUAACGCAAUGCUUUAGUAUUUUAGUACUGUAAAAAUAUUAAAUCUAUAUAUAUUUGGGUUUUGAGCUGAAUUCACAUCAUGGUGCUACUCAGCCUGCUACAAAUAUAUCAUAAUGUGAGCUAAAAAUACAUUAAAAGGUUUGAGUGAUGUUCCUACUUGUCAUAUACCUCAACACUAGUUUGGCAAUAGGAUAUUGAACUGAGUGUGAAAGUUUAUAUAUAUGGUAUACCAUCUUUCUCCCCCAAUAGCCUUUGAAAAAAACAAUUAAAAAAAAAAAAACUAAACAAAAAAACUCUCGAUACUUGACAUUUUAGCAAGUAUAACUUGAACUUCAACUUUUCUUUUCUUUUUUUUUUGGUUCUAAAAAUUCAGGGAUAUUUCAGCUCAUGUUCUCCUAUGCCAAUGUGUCACCUGUGUGUAUGUAAAGCUGUUGUAGGUUAAAUAUAUUAUUCUUGGGGUUUUUGUUUUUGUUUUUUUUUUUUUCAGGGAUUUAAUGUUUUUCUUUUGAAUCCCUUCUCUUGUUUUUCUUGUACAUGUAUUGUGUAACUAAAACUUUUGUAAAUUUGUUAGCUCUUUUUAUUGUAACAGAAGUGUUUAAGAGAUUUAGAAUGUUUUGACUGUUUCAAAUGAUUAAACAAAAAGAAAGUAGAAUGCACUGAGCUGAUUAAAGGGAAAAAUGUAAGGCAGGGGUUUGGCAAGUGACCGUUUGCUAGAGUUGUUCAAGUCACUCUAUAAACAAGGCUUCUUGGAUACUGUAAUGAAUAAAAUAAAAUAAAAUAUAAAAAGGUACAGUCUGUACAAGGGCUUCCCUAAACAUGCAAACCUCCACGUCCCAGCUAUAUCUUGUGCAAUAUACUGUAAGAUUAAGUUUGGUUGAAAGAAAUUCCACCCAACAGAAUCACAAUGUAACUUAAGUAAAUCAAAGGAGGCCUUUGGGUUUAAUGGUCAAAUAUUUAUUACGGCAAUUUUGUUUUUUCUCUGUCUGUGACUUUAUCCACUCAUUGAAACAAAAGUUUCACCUUUUGGGGAAAAAAAAGAAAAAAGGAUGGUUAUAUGUCAGAUUAAGUAAAUCAUUAUAUAUCUUCAUCUUUUGGUGAUUUUUUUUUUUAAUCCUAUCUAAUCCAUAUAAUCCAUAGUAGAUCUUUGGUUAAUAUGCCGUGCACCAUCAUUUGCCAAACUGCUGGCAGCAGGAACAAGAAGCUUAGUUGGUGAAUCAGUUUUGUAUUGUAAAUACCUGAGCUGUAAUUUUUGGUGUACAGAACCCUGCCUCAGUUGGAACGAAUGACAGAGCAGAGUUGCUUGUAUAGGAUUAUCAGGUUGACUAUAGCCAUACUUGAAGAUGCUUCUGAGAGUUGUCAACUUUACUUGAAUGAAUUUUUCAUCUUGGUUGACGCACAGCAGUAUAAAGUUCACUUCUAAAGCUAGUGGUUAACUUGUGUAGGAAACUAGCAGUUUGACACUAAGGUAAUGAACUUCUGUGUGCAUUUUCUAUGCUUAUGUUCUACUUUUUUUUACUUUAGUUUCAUUCAUUUUCAUGAGAUGUUUGGUAUGUCUAUAAAAAGAAUCUGAGGAUGGUUAUAAAUACUGUAAGUAUUGUAAUGUAAUGCAGGUUAUUUGAAAGCUGUUUAUUAUUAUAUCAUUCCUGAUAACGCUGAGAUGUGGGUGUUUUUAAUAAAAUUUAUAUUUAUUUAAUGCA